AUGCCAUCGAGCAAUUUCCCCUGGGUUAAAAAGCCCCUCCUAGCCAGUGCCCCAAUGUCCAUGUCCGCCGGCCCUGCUUUAGCCGUAGCCGUCUCUCGAGCAGGCGGCCUAGGAUUCAUCGGCCCAGCAAUGGAUGCCAGUGGCACAGGGAAGAACCUGAGCACCUUUGCCAAGGCAAUCCGGGAAUUUGAAUCUCUCUACCCUCCUACCCUCCAGUCACUCGAUCCCACAAGUCAGAGCAGGCUCUCCUCUCUGGAAAGAUGA